AUGGCUACCCACACUGGCAACAUCGUCGACUUCGUCGUGCUCUCCACCCGCAGCCAGGCAGUACCACCUCCGGGGAAAACGCCGCAAGCGGAAAGUAGCCAACCCGCUCAUGACAAGUUCAGACGUCCCCAAUGCUGUGAGCAACUAAUCACGAUUUUGGGACGCACCCCACGUGACAGGGGCGAGUUGGUAUCGGCGGGGGGGGGGGGGCAUCAACCUGAUAGUACACCCAGUAGUGGAAGCCCUCUUACUCCUCCGGCCUUGUCGGACGAGCCGGUCCUACCACGUAGUGGCGCUCAGCCCUCGAAGAGAGUCCAUAGGGAACAUUCUAUUAACAGUCAUCACAGUAAGAAGAGUAGCAAGACUCCAUCCAUUGACGACUGCCUUGAUGACCUAAGCCACAUUAUCAGGGAGGCUAGGUCCUCGAAGGCCCGUCAGGCCACAGAUGCUGAGGAGUUAUCCCAAGUCAAUCAGAUUCUGAAGCAAGAUGGUUACAGCGAGAGUGAUGUAGUAUUCGCGCAAGCCCUUAACCUUUGCAACAACAGGCUCCGUCGUCGGGCUUUUCUGGAUUUGGAAACUAAAGACGGCCGGCUGAACUGGGUCAAUGUGUCGUGGGACUUCGUGUGCUCCACGAAGUCCCAGUGA